AUGGUAACCAUCGAACUCCUCAGGCGAGCGCUGAAGUUGGAGCUGCCUGAUGUGCCUUUCGAUGACGAGGUCCUGGAGCAUUUGGCCCCGGUGGACCCCGAGGCCGUUGAUGCUUUGCAGGCAUGGCUGCCCUUCCUCAUAUCCCAUGGCGUGGCCUUCGACGAGGAAAGUGCCGGUGAGGUCUUCCGAAGACUGGCCCAGAGGCUCCGAUCCUUGGCGAGGCCAGAAGAGGCACGACCGAGCAGUCCGCAGCCACGGCAGCCAGAGAUACCAGAGGAGACCGAGAAGGAGUCUGUGCAGAUUCCUGGCCUGGAGGAAUGGCUUGAGACACUGUCACUGUCAGCGUACUUGCCCAAGACUCGCGCCUGGUGCUCCAGAGUGGGUGCAUCGACACUACAGCAGGUCAUGGAGAAAUGGGAGGAUUUGGCUGCAGAGCUUCUGCUGAAGGAACUACCUAAGCGACGGAUGGGUAAGGCCGUGGAGGCUUGCCGGCCCCCAGCGGCUGGAGAUGACAGGACCAUCGCUGAUCUGAUCGCACGGGCUAGUGCAGAAAGGCGUCUUUUCGGUCCGGAGGAUGACCCGUACAUACUCUCGGAGCAGCUCGGGAAAGGCGCGCAGGGAACAGUCCAUCGAUGUUGGCGGCCGAAGCACAAGGGCGAGGAGUUCGCAGUCAAAAGGAUUGCACUCCAAAAGCAUUUCCGUCUACAGCGAGAUGCUGACCGUACCAAGGAACGGCUGAAAGCAGAAGCCAACAUCUUGUUUUCCCUCAGACACGCGCACAUUGUGCAGCUGUUCGACGUCAUCGAGACAAAGGAGUGGCUGUACCUGGUGAUGGAGUUGGUGGAGGGGGGCGAGCUCUUCGACAUCAUCGUCAAACACGAGAACAAGCACCUCUCAGAGCCUGAGGCGCGCUCUGUCUUCAAACAGGUAGCAGAUGCGUUGAGGUACAUCCAUUCCAAGGGCCUGGUGCACAGAGACUUGAAGCCGGAGAAUAUUCUCGUGGAUCAGAAGGCAUCCCGAGAUGGCUUGCUGGAGGUGAAGAUCACCGAUUUCGGUUACGCGAAGCUGGUGGACGACGGCUACAGCACUGCUCUCACCCAGGUUGGGACCCCCCAGUACUGGGCACCCGAGGUUUCAGAUGCUGGCGUCUGUGCAAAAGGCUACGACGAGCGAGUAGAUCUUUGGAGUCUGGGCGUCGUGCUCUAUGUCAUGCUGGAGGGUGUGUACCCUUUCAGUGGCGAGGAGCAGAUCAAGCAGGCCAGCUUCAGGUUUCAUCGGCCAACCUCGUCGAGGGCCAAAGACCUGAUCCGCGCUCUGAUCCAAGUACGGCCGGAGGACCGACUUGGCUUGGAUGAUUGCUUGAAGCACAGCUGGAUCCAGAUGGACAGUCGCUCGGCUUCGGCGCUGAAGCCCAACAGUCUGGAGGGCGACAUCGAGUGCUUUGACUUAGAUGCCGAGCCCUCCAAUGUGGCAGAGCUCCGACGCGAGUUGCAGAAGUUCAUGACCAGGUUUAAGGUUUCCGCGCAACUCAAGAAACGCCAGGUGGAGGUGACUUGGUCCAAGAACGUAGACAGAGAGGCGGCACGCGGCGCGCUGCUGCAAAUCCUGCGCUGCUCUCAGCACCGAUCGCAAUGUAAACAGGGCCGGGCAGACGCUAUCCCUUCUCUGUUGGCGGCAUCGGAAGCUACGUGCGAAUGA